AUGAAUACGUCUUACCUAAAAGACAUCAGGCAUAUGUAUGCUUCAAGAAAGGGGUCCAAGACAUCCCGCUUGAGAGGGAUUGACGAGUUCCUAUCCAUUGAAAACCAGCCUGGUGGGCAGGAAGAGGAACAGACAGCUGAGCCUGCUCCAGGGGAAGAGCAACGAGUGGUUGAUCCUCCCACAACAAGAGCAGCGGGGAAAAGAAAACUUUCUGCAGAUGAAGCCGGCAAGUAUGAUAAGCAAAUCCGUCGGAAACUGCUGGUUGAUUCUCCCCCCAAAGGCCAACCAAAAUCCAAGUUGAUGGAUGAUGCCAUCAAAGCUGCUGAAGAUGAAGAACAACAGGAAUCUUCUGUUGUAGGCCUGCCACGUAAAACUGGGCUUCGUUCUCAUGGCCCAGCCCUAUCGAGUGACGCUUCUUCUUAUCAUCCCCCUCAAGAUGAAGAGGAUGAGUUAAUGGCUGCAGAUGCAGAAUCUGCUCCGGUGAUGGACCUUCCUAAGUCUCCUGCAUUAGAACCAGGGGGUCUUGAAGAGAAUCCAUCCCCUUCUCCUCCAGUCUUAAUGUCACAAGUUGGUGAUUUAAUUCCUAGUCCUACAACGGGACUUAUGAAUAAACCAGCUGCUGGAACAGAUCUUCCGGAACCUUCAGCGGCUCAGGAUGAUGAGGAGCGAGUUGAUUAUGAAGGCUCCUCGAUUGGUGGUGCAGCUGACGAAGAUAGAGACGAUGAGGAUGUUGACGUUGGCAACACGCCGGAUGAUGGUUCUCCUUCUCCAGGGACUACUGCUGCUACUACUUCAGAGCCAGAACCUGCGCAGAUGUCGGAUCCUUUAGAAGAACAACAUUUACCUGGUUCUCCUACGACAAUCGUUCCUCCUGCAGCAUUGCUUGAAACUACUGCCGCAACUCCUCCUCCAGAACAGCAGCUCGUGUAG